UGCACAUUUUUGUCCUUUUAAAAUCACCCGGUCAAAUGUGUGUUGCCAAAGUCAACAGAUCAAUGCCAUGUCAUUGAUCACGUAUUUAGGAAACGCUAUAAGGCUUUCCAGGGCUGCUUCCUACACACCAUCAGGACCAGGCAAUGAAACUGAGGACCGACCAAAAAGCAUCCCAGAGUAUAAAAGGAAUCGGAAACACCGCCGGUAUAUGAUAAUUAUCAAAAUUUUGAGCGGGCUCCUUGCCAUAAUGAUGUCACUCUUCAUUCGCGAGUUUGUCCAGAAGAAACACAUAAUGACGAGUCUAGAGGAGAUGCGGCUUACAAUAAGCACCCAGAAACUACCAAAAAUCCUGUCCUCCCAGCGGCUCGACUACAUCUGGGGUCUUUGUAACCGGACCACGCUGCACUGCUCCCGCUGCCUGCCGGGGUGGACGGAGCACGCCUCCCGGUGCUUCUUCAUGUCCAAAGUGGAGAAGACUUGGGAAAAUGCUCGCAGGGAGUGCCUCGACUACAUGGGGGACCUCGCUGUUGUCCUGAACGACAAAGACCAGGCGUUCCUGACAAAGAUGGCUUUCCGGGUUAAAAAGGCCAGUCCCAGUGGUACGUUCCACUCAGCGUGGAUCGGGCUGCAGGACCUGGUGAGAGAGGGAGACUACUUCUGGGUCAAUGGAAACAAACUCCAAUUUGAUAUCCGAUUCUGGAAACCUAGGCAGCCCAACAACGAAAUAGGUGAGGUUGACCCUGAUAAGGAUGGUGAGGACUGCGUGUCCAUUGUACCGCCGAAUGUGGUGGGAGAUCUGGGCUGGAUGUACACCUGGGAUGACAUUAUUUGUACUCUUAGACGUCACUACAUCUGUGAGACCGAUGCUCUGAUUUUGGAUGGAAGUAGACAGUCAGAUCAGAAAAAUUGAAAUGUUGUGGGGGCAACAUCAUCCUGUGCAGAUGUGUUUGGUAUUAAGAAAAUGUCAAUCCUGGAAUAAAACCUUUUAGAAUCUGGAAAAGACUGUUUUGUCAAAG